CUUUCGUGUGCCGGGCAAAGCGGGCAAAGUACUUAAUAAAUAGCGAUAUCUCGGCAAAAACAAAGCAAAUUGAUAGCGUCAAAUUGCUCUAUUUUGCGCAUGAUUGUCAGGCUAUUUCGUGUGAUAAGGCAAAAUCAUCAUUGUCACUUGUUUGUGUGAUCCGGUGAAAACGAGUUUGGAAGGAUGGUUUCGAGUCCAGCGCUGGUUUUAGUGUCCAAAUCCUUGCUCAGAAGCUGCAAUGGAGCCCCAAGUGUUCUGGCACAGCGCGCAAGCUCAACGUGGUGGGGAGACGUGAAGAUGGGGCCACCGGAUGCCAUUCUGGGCAUCGCGGAGGCCUUCAAGAAGGACUCAAAUCCGAAAAAGAUUAACCUGGGCGCCGGAACGUAUCGUGAUGACAGCGGGAAGCCGUAUGUCUUGCCCAGUGUGCUCAAGGCCGAGCACAGGAUCAUCGAGAGGGGCAUGGACAAGGAAUACGCCCCGAUCAGCGGCUAUCCGGAGUUCACGAAGUUGGCAAUUGAACUGGCUCUCGGCGAGGGAAACCCCGUUCUCGCGGCCGGCAGGAAUGCCACAGUGCAGAGCAUCAGUGGCACAGGAGCGCUACGAGUCGCCGCCGCCUUUCUAAGCUCUUUCUUCCCAGGCUCUCGGGAGAUUUUUCUACCGGCGCCCUCAUGGGGCAAUCACGUGCCUAUCUUCAAGCAUGCCGGCUUGAAAGUCAACUCUUAUCGCUACUACGAUCCCAAGUCUUGUGGCUUGGACUUUGCCGCCGCUCUUGAGGAUAUCAGCAAAAUCCCCGAGAGGUCCAUUGUAUUGCUGCACGCCUGUGCCCACAAUCCCACUGGAGUGGAUCCACGUCCUGAACAGUGGAAGGAGCUUUCGGUGGUAAUUAAGAAGCGCAAUCUCUUCCCCUUCUUCGAUAUGGCAUACCAAGGAUUUGCCAGCGGAGACAUCGACAAGGACGCCUACGCUGUGCGUCACUUCCUGGCCGAUGGACACGACAUUAUUCUCACGCAGAGCUUCGCCAAGAACAUGGGCUUGUACGGGGAGCGUGCCGGCGCGAUGACGGUGGUUGGGAAGGACAAGGAAGAGGCAGAGAGAGUGCUGUCGCAGGUGAAGAUCCUUAUUCGACCGAUGUACUCGAAUCCGCCCAUUCACGGAGCGCGUCUCGUGGCGGAGAUCCUGAAGGACAAGCAGCUGAGGACGGAGUGGCUGGGAGAUGUCAAGGGCAUGGCCGACAGGAUUAUUGGCGUAAGAACGAGCCUGAGAAGUGCACUUGAGAAGCUGGGAUCGCCACGAAACUGGCAACAUAUCACCGAUCAGAUCGGCAUGUUUUGCUUCACGGGACUCAAUCAAGAGCAGUGCGAGCGCAUCAUUAAGGACUACAGCGUGUAUCUGACCAAGGAUGGACGCAUCUCAAUGUCUGGUGUGAAUUCCAAGAAUGUCCAAUACUUGGCCGAAUCCAUUCACGCUGUGACGAAAUAAUUGUUCACGUUCAAAGCGCACACUAUGCAAUUCCAUUGCUGAGCAUUUAAGAAUACUCCAAUUUCUCGGAAAAACUGCAUUACAGGACAUCACGUGGCAUGGCCACAGCGAAAUUUAUUGAUUUUCUCUUAUAUUUUUGUAAAAAUUGGCUAGAACAAUUGUUGAAGAUAAAGUAGCAUGCAAAUAAACACUGAAAAACAUUA